GAAAUUACUGGUGGUCUGAGUCCCGCAUGACAGAUGUGUGACAGGGGUGUGGAUGUCGAAACUGUCGUGCAUGUGAUACUGGUGUGUGGGAGGUACCGGAGAGAAAGGACGGAGAUGAUGAGGGUGGCACUGAGUGAGAUGGGCUGGGAUGUGAAUGGGAGGAUUGCAAGGACAGAGAGGGAAUGGAUGCUGCUGCUGCUGGGACUGAGUGAUGAAGCAAAUGAUAGAAUUAUAGAAGCCAUGAAGAGUUUUCUGGAAAAGAUGUGGUGUGCAAGAAAUAGGGAAUUGGAAGAUUUGUAAUGGAUACUGCUUGUGUUGUUUUUAGUUUUACAGGUAUAUGAAAGUCUGACUCUCCAACGGGUCACCUGUACAGCAAGAGCAAGAGCAACAACAACAACAGCACGCGCCGAGGCCCGAGCUGCAUCCCUUCUACGGGGCUCUGGAGGCUGUGGUGUGGUCCCGCAGCCUCACUAGCCCCAUAAAACACCCAAGAAGAAGCAUCCCUUCUGGCCCUGCCCAACCAGCCCCCUAAAACACCCCAGAAGAAGGCGACGACGAAGGCUCCACACCCACGGGCCAGCGCUGAAAAAGCAUCCCUGGCCAGGCUCCACACCCAUGGGCCAGCGCUGGGGACCUGCUGGCCAGCCACACCCUCAGCCCCAACACUGCCAGGACAACGCCUCCACCACCGCCGCCGGGAAGUCAGCUCCCUCUACACUGGCGUUUAGAGAUGGCGGACACAUGUGGUGGAUGUGACUGGAACUUGAUUGAAUUGGGGUGGAUGUUUCAGGAUGAAGAGAAAACUUUAGAUUUCUUGUGCGGCCACAAAUUGAUACGGCGCACCUAUAAGUGCCCAAAAUGUGACAGUGACCUCGAUAUUAAGAAAAAUUUUGUGUUUAGGUGUGACCGGCAGCGUCGUGUUCAAAACAACAAGAAAUCUGUGGUUCAGCGCUGCCGGUUCUUCCGCUCGGCAAAGAAGAACUCGUGGUUCAGCAGGUCCAACUUGAGUGUCAGCCAGAUCAUAUAUGUGACAUAUUUGUGGAACCAACGACAAAAAACUGUCAAAUUUUGUGCGCGGGAAGUGCGUGUUGACGCCAAGACAGUCAUUGACUGGUUUUCUUUUUGUCGGGAAGUGGCUGUGGACUAUUGCGUCCACAACUCUGCCAAACUUGGUGGCCAGGGCAAGACUGUGGAGGUCGAUGAAGCCAAGUUUGACAAGAGAAAUUACAAAGGUGGACGUGUUAUAGAAGGCACGUGGGUAGUGGGUGGCGUGGAGAGAGGCUCCAGCAAAGCCUUCCUAGUGCCUGUGGUGAGCCGGGACGAGGAGACUCUCCUGAGAGUUAUCCAAGACAACAUUCUCCCGGGCACUCACAUAGUUACAGACUGCCGGAGCAGCUACAAUAACCUAAGUGCCAAAGGCUACACCCACUCCACAGUCAAGCACUCAUUGAACUUUGUGGAUCGUCAGAGUGGUGUCCACACCCAAAAUGUACAGCAGGAGUGGAGGGAAGGGAGGGGCAACAUUCCCAGGUGUGGGAGGCGCACUCACCGUAUCGCCAGCUAUUUGGCCGAGUCCAUGUUCAAGCGGACGUUCCCGGAUGUUGCCGAGCGGUUCCACCACUUCCUUCUCCACGCUGCAACAAUAUAUUCCGUCCAGUAAAGAAAGGGUUCUUCAAGCGCGAGAAGCUGAAGGCACACCGGGCGAGGCUGCAGGGUGCCCCUACCGGCGUCAGUAACCCAACCGCCACCGGAUAGUAGAGUCACAGCCGCCAGCCACCAGUGUACGUACUGUCUGUGUUGGGCUGGCCGGGUUAUCGUAGACACAGCGCCACGCCAAAGAUCCCCAAGUGUUGUAGUGACGUGUAAGUCUGUAUGGAGCUGGUGCAGUGUAGAGU